UCCCCGCGCAUGAUAAGCGUUUAAAUAGAACUACAUUUUCGGGAGCAACUUUCAUUGCAUACAAAGUGUCCGAACUGGACGGUUAAUUUAAAAAAUAAUAAUUUUGUUUUCAUUCAAUUGAAAGUAAUUGCAUACGUUCGUGUGUGUGUGUGUGUGUGUGUGUGCGCUCGCGAUUUAUUUGAGUUCCAAACAUAAACACUAAAUCACCGGUGGGAUACAAUGGAUUCCUGGAUGAUUACGUUAAGUUUAAUCUUGGGUGCUUUGGGUGCAUUUUAUGUAUUUUUGAUAUGGAACUUGGGCGGCUGGAAAAAACGAGGUGUUCCCGAGGCAAAAGCAUAUCCUGGUAUUGGUACAUUUCCAGCUUUGUUUACCCAGCAACGUCAUGUCACUUACGAUAUUGAUGAUGUUUACAGAAAAUAUCGCAACAAUAACAGAUUUGUUGGGGUCUACAAUGGCCGGGAACCUCAGUUGCUGAUAUUGGAUCCAGAUCUGGUGCAUCGCAUCCAUGUCAAUGACUUCAAGUAUUUUCAUGACAAUGCCAUAGGUGAUACGCUCGAUGAAAAAUCCGAUGCAAUUGUUGCAAAUAAUCCGUUUUUCUUAAGAGGCGAGGAAUGGAAAGAGAGGCGCAAUGAAUUGGUACCAGGAAUGUCACCAAAUCGGAUUAAAAACGUAUAUCCCGUAACAUUGGAAAUUUGUAAACGUCUAUCGGAUUUCAUAAAGCAACAGAUUAAUACGCCGAACAAACAGGGAAUCGAUGCGUAUGAGCUUUUCCUUCGCUACACCACCGAAGUUGUCAGCGAUUGUGUGUUGGGAAUUCACGUGGGAACGUUAAACGACAAACAAUCCAGUUUUCUUGAUAGAAUCAAAAAUCUAUUCCGAUUUUCGCCAUCACAGAUUAUGUACCAGAUCUUAGUUGCUUUUAUGCCCAGCCUAAAGAAGGUGAUGAAAACGCGGUUUUUCACCAAAGAAAAUGCGAAAUUUUUCUUCGAUCUUAUGUCGGAUUCAAUUGAAUUGCGACAAAAAGAAGGUGCUACAAGCCGGGCAGAUUUUUUGAACUUUUUGUUGCAGUUGAAAGAAAAGAAAAAUUAUCCAAAUAUUUUAUUGACGGCACAUGCUAUGACAUUUUUGACCGAUGGUUUUUUGACGACAUCGCAUAGCAUUACCCAUUGUCUGCUGGGGUUGGCAAGAAAUCCUGAGGCCCAAGAAAAAUUACGUAAGGAAAUUCUCAGCAACAUUAAUGAUGAGGGUAUUGUGAGUUUUGAAAGUCUCUCGGAAAUGAGUUAUUUGGAUGCAUGCUUUAAUGAGGCCAUACGUCUCUUCUCACCAUUGUCCGCGAAUACGAAAUUAUGCACCCAGCCGUACGAAUUUGUAAAUAGUGAUGGCAAAUCUUUCACGAUGCAAAAGGGCGAAGUUGUCCUCAUAUCCUACUGCAGCUUACAUCACGACGAAAGAUAUUUCGAGAAACCAGAAGAAUUUAACCCCGAAAGAUUUUCUCCCGAAAAUGGUGGCCCAAAGAAAUUCAGGGAAGAGGGAAAAUAUUUAGGUUUCGGAGAUGGUCCUCGUAUUUGUAUGGGAAUGCGUUUUGGUUCGACUCAGGCUAAGGCCGCAAUUGUGGAAAUUAUAAGAAAUUUCCAUGUGAAAGUGAAUGGAAAAACUCGCAACGAUAAUUAUUUGGACAAAAGUGAAUUUCUAGCAAUGUUGGAUGGUCGUGUUUGGUUGGAUUUUGUGCCAAUUUGUUGUUGCACAACAAAUAUGGACACUUGGCUUAUCACGAUUGUUUUCUUUGUGGCUAGUAUUGGCCUCUUCUAUUUAUUUUUAAUAUGGAACUAUGGUGGCUGGAGGAAAAGAGGUGUGCCGGAAACUAAAUCAUAUCCAGGCAUUGGAUCAUUUCCAUCGUUGUUUACACAAAAACGUAAUUUCAUUUACGAUCUAGACGAAGUUUACAGAAAUCAUCGGGACUCAAAUAAUUUCGUGGGUGCCUAUAGUGGCCGUGCACCCACGUUGCUGAUCCUAGAUCCUGAAUUAGUUCAUCGAAUUCAUGUGAAUGAUUUUAAAUAUUUUCAUGACAAUGAAUUUGGUGAUUAUGUAAAUGAAAAAUCUGAUAUAAUUGCGGCCAAUAAUCCAUUUUUCCUUCGUGGCGAAAUGUGGAAAGAGCGACGAGCGGACUUGGUGCCUGGUAUGUCACCAAAUAAGAUAAAAGCUAUUUAUCCCGUUACCUUGGAAAAAUGCAAACGCUUAACAGAUUUCAUAAGGAACCAUAUGAAAGCUAAGGGCAAGGAUGGUCUGGAAUGCCAUGAGCUCUGUCUCCGCUAUACAACUGAAGUUGUUAGCGAUUGUGUCCUGGGCAUUAAUGUGGGCACCCUAAAUGAUGCACCAUCUACCCUCUUGAAUAUGAUCAAGAAACUGUUCACUUUGACGCCAUCACAGAUUGUCUAUCAAAUAAUAAUUGCUUUUCUGCCCAGCCUAAAUAAAUAUUGGAAGGCAACAUUUUUCUCGAAAACCAGUACAAAAUAUUUCUUCGAUCUAAUGGCUGAUUCCAUUAAAUUACGACGACAGGAGCAGAGCAACAAAAAUCGUGCUGAUUUUUUAAAUUUUCUGCUGCAAUUGCAGGAAAAGAAGAAUUUGUCAACUACGAUUUUGACCGCAAAUGCAAUGACAUUUUUAACCGAUGGCUUUUUGACAACGGCACAAAGUAUUAGCCAUUGUUUAUUGGGGUUGGCACGAAACCCGGAGACCCAAGAGAAAUUACGUGCAGAAAUUAUGGAAAAUAUUAGUGAGGAUGGAGUUAUUAACUAUGAUAGACUUUCGGAAAUGUCCUAUUUGGAUGCCUGCUUUAAUGAGGCUCUACGUCUCUUCCCACCCGUGGCUGUGAACUCUAAACUCUGCACUCAGCCAUAUGAAUUUGUGAACAAAAACGGCAGUUCAUUUAGAAUGGAGAAAGGCGAGGCUGCGUUUAUUUGUUACUACAGCAUACAUCACGAUGAACGAUACUAUGAUGAUCCAGAGGACUUUAAACCAGAAAGAUUUCUACCUGAAAAUGGGGGCGUUAAGAAAUACCGAGAACAGGGCAAAUUUAUGGGCUUUGGUGAUGGUCCUCGUAUUUGUAUGGGAAUGCGUUUUGGUUCAACUCAAGCGAAAGCUGCCAUUGUCGAAAUAAUUAGAAAUUUCUAUGUGAAGUCUAACCCCAAGACACGCAGUGACAAUUUAUUGGAUAAGAAGGAAUUCGUACCAAUUUUAGAUGGUGGCGUCUGGUUAGAUUUUGAGGCAAUAAAUUAUUAAAUUAUAUAGUUAUAU